GUUUUAUGCUGCAAAAUAUUUGCCAACUUUGACAGCUCGUGACAGCAUUUGUGUAGUGACAGAGGAAUGUCACACUACAGGGACCACGGUCCGCUCAACUGCAAGAUCUACGUGGGAAACCUGCCGCCGGGAGCCGCCAAACACGAGAUAGAGGAGCGCUUCAGUGACUUUGGGCGCCUGCGGAAUGUGUGGGUUGCGAGGAACCCUCCGGGGUUUGCGUAUGUGGAGUUUGAGGACCACCGAGACGCCAGAGAUGCAGUCAAAAGUCUGAACGGGAAGAUGAUCUGCGGGGUGAGGUCCAGGGUGGAGUUCUCCCACGGGAUGCGGCGACCGUCCCGCAGGGGACUGCCGCCUCCCGCCCCUUCUCGAUCACAUGACCGCUACAACUCUCAUAGCUCAAGGUCCAGACGAUCCAGAUCCCGGUCACCAAGACGACAGAGGUACAGGUCGAGAUCACGGAGCAGGAGUCGGAGUCCGCGGCGCAGCCGCAGCUACAGCAGAGACCGCUCCAGGUCAAGAGACCGCAGGUCCAGGUCCAAGUCAAAGGAGAGGAAAAAGAGGUCCAGGUCGGGGUCACAGAAGCAGGCAACCAUUAAGUCAUCACGUUCCAGGUCUCCCAGCAAGGAGCGAGCGCGCAGCAGGGGGAGGAGCGAGAGCGACAGAGAAGGGAGCAAAUCACGGUCUCCGUCCGGAGAGAGGGACGUCCAGGAGAACAACAAGGACAGCCCCGACAGAAAAAGCAACGGCGUCGACGAAGACUGAAGACCGACGACACAAGGUUCACAUUCCCCUUAUGGGAUUGCCACUCUGCAGGGCAGGGGCCGUGGUGCUCGGCCCAUGCCAAGCUAGGACUGGUUAGGACUGUCCAACCAUCCUCUCAUCGCAGAGCAGGACUCCAUCUUGUACUAAAAGUAUGACAUAGUUUACUUCCACAUUCUUACUACUUAGGAAAGGUGUGCUUUCCUUUUAUGAUUAAGCACUGCUGAACAAAACAUUGUGCAGUGUGUGUGCAUGUGUGUGUAUGUGUAAUAUCUAUCUAGCUGCAAAGCAUGCAAUGUUUGGUAUUUGACAAGUAUUAUAUAGUGACCCAGUGGAUUGCACUUGGAUGGCAAUGAAAUGACCUUGCUAUCAUCACAUAGAACCAAGUUUCUACAUUUAAUUUAAUUUAAUGUCUUGGAUGUGUCUCCUCCGUUUUCAGAGGAAGCUGUUGUACAUGUACUUAUUAACCAGCAUAUGAUGGUGGGUUUAAAAGUGUUUCCAACUUUGUACUUCUUUUCAUAAAGGGAACCUGGUGGUGUCUAUGUGGCUUAAUCUGGCAUUCUGCACUGCCUCUGCUAGCGCUCGCUUCAAUGCCUUGCAUUUUUAUCAAACAGCCAAAAUGAAGCGAGGAAAAAAUGAAUUUGUCUUUUUGUUUUCAUAAUUGGAAAUGUCAGCAAAAACCCUCCAUUUGAUAAUGAUAUAGUAAAGGGUUGAUGCAUAACCUUGAAAUAUUAUAUACACGGUAAGUGAUGCAGCUUGAUGUCAAUAUAGUAGUUUGAUAUUGUACAUUGGAUCUUGUAUGAGACCAUUUUCCACCUGUCCAAAUCAUUAGGCACAUCUGUGUGCAGCAGGUUCUGAAUGUGGCUGUUGUUGUUGUUCGUCUGGAAGCCCCAAGACUGUCCUUUGUUGUGUACUAUGAUGAUGAUCAUGCUGUAACAUUCCGUUAACAGGAGGCAUGUUCCCCUGCCCCCCAAAUCAACCGAACAGCCGUCCAACAAAUGGGCAACCAAUCAACCCAACUGCCCUGCCCAUCAGCCACCCAGACGACAUCUGAGGCCCAACCCCCACAACCAAUUCUCUCAACCAUCCAACCCCACUUCUCCCAACUAGACCAGCGGACAACGAGGGUGCCUUGUGCCGCGCACCUCGCACCCUGUCCCACCUAGCAUCACUAUCUGCAUAGUGAACAGGCAACGCAGAUAAGUCAGCAUCCCUCCCGCCGCACGGGAGACAGGCAGGCCUCACUCUAGCAGGUCAUAGGUCAUAAACCCCUUCAAAAGGCAGGUAGAUACAUACAGAAAUUACAGUAAAAAGAUCUGUUUUUUCUGUUGCUGUUUGCAAGCUAGUUUUUUUCUUCUUUCCAGUCUUUUCUCCUCCUCUUGAUAAAAUGCUUUUUGCCUUUAUUUUGCACAUUUGUCAGUGUUUCCUGUCCUGUGGUGUUGUGUGUACUAACCAUCUUCUCCACAGCCACCCUGGUGCAAGCAGACAACAUGGCACAUCUCAUGCUGUGAAGGAUGGGCUUUAGCUGUAGUUCCUAUAUGCGAUAGUUCAUAAACAGCUUGAGUCAGAAAGUCUUGACUCUUGACAUACAUAGUGAAUCUUUCAAAAAUUACUAUAAACAAUUUCUGGAACAAUUUGGACAAUUUGGUGCUGUGACUAAACAGUAGCACUGAUGUGAGAUAAACAACGCCUUGUCGUAUCUGGGACUCCGCGUGACUUGUAUUCCAUGGCAGCUGAUAAUUGUGUGGAAACUGUACUCACUAAACUACAUGUAAUCACUAUUGCUAUAUCCUACUAAGUUAAUCUACUGUAUCAGCUAAGUAAUGUCCAGAUAAUAUAAGGUAUUAUCUGUAAAUCAGAUACUAACUCAUAGUAAGGGUCUGGCAUUGCAGCGCUGUAUCUACUAGAAAGAGAGAGACUACAGAAAGAGUAGUGCGUUUGUUAGGCUUCAGUUGGACGGACUGUGAAAGGGUUGACAGAUUGCCGACUCCUCUACAUGGCUUCUCUGGAAGUGCAGGGAUAAAUGUCUUGUUGCACAAUAUGAAUGUAUUGGAUAUAAGUGAAACAAAUCAGUGUGUCCACCAAUAAGUGUGGAGUAAGAUAUCUAAUGAUGCCAUCCCGGUAUUAAUGCCAUAUGUACAUACUGUAGUAUGUAAGAAUCAUGAAUAUUAAACACCUCAUAUUAUGUA